GCACAAACAAAAAAUGGCUUGUGACAGCAGCUUGUUGCUUCACGUGUGCAACUUUGCGGCAGCAGCAACAUGCAUGUUCCUACGAAACUACAUCAAACAAGAGAAUUUUGCACCUGGAUUUACUAUCAGACACAAGAAAACGCUCGUUCCAAAUCAACAGUUCUCAACAUCGCAAUGCGCCCUAGAUCUGGGAGAUGGAUCCCUGAAACCCCGUACAGAGAGCACGAUCGAAAUAGGUUCUUGCUACUUUUUUGUGAUCUCGUAUUUUGCUGCAAAUUUUUUGUGUUUUACUCCUAAGAGCGCAGAUUUGAAUUUUUUCUUGGACCUUUUUGACAGCAACGUGCUCAACAAAACCCGACUCGACAACUAAUAUUUAUUUCGGAAACCUAUUGAAUUCCACCCGCGAAAGAAUCGAAAUCCAGUUUUCCUUUAUCGUUUUUCUUUUUCCACGAGACAAAAGCUUAAAGUUAAACUAUUCGACAUGGAUUUCGACAAGUGCGUGGCGAUUCUGCAGGCGCGGCAGACGGAACAGUCGUGCGAUCACGACCACGGCGACAAAGCGGCUGACGACUGUCCUGCAAUAAAUGUCGACAACGAGCCAGAAGACGCCGGCGUCGCCGCCGCCAUUGAGCACAUUAACCGACAAACUGCCAACCUGGACCUAGUCGACGACGGUGGUUUGUUUUCCACUUCCGCGACGGCAACGGCAAAGGCUUCGUCGACGUACGGAGAGGUUGUCCCACACAACGAUUCAAUAAGUGCAAAUGACCCGCAGCAGCGAGGCGAUGUCGAAAUGACAAGUGACCAGUUGUUGAGUAACCAGCAGGAUGUACGGGAUGCUAUGGACUGCAUUUUCGACGAGACUUGGGAAAGCGGGAUUCACGAUUUGUCCCUUGUGAGGCAAGUGCUGCGCGUGCAAGACCGGCGCGUGCAGAUCCAGAAGGCGUUUGACCUGGUUCUGCGAAAGUUGAUUGCGAAACGCGAGGUACACGCUGGCUACAAGAAGCUGACGCUGGACGUCACGUCAGCGUUUCAAGACGUCAAUGCGCACCUACGACGGUGCAGCGACCAGAGCGACAACACGCGGUUUGUCAUGGGCACGCCGCAGUACGAGGAGGCGACGGAACUGCGAAAGGCCAUUUUGGGGUUGCUUGACCUCGAGAAGAGCAAGUUUGAAAAGGUCGCCGCGUUCCACGUGGCGCAGAUUCGGUUGUACACCAGCAGUCUGCAAACAGGAAGCGGGAAUCUUCAACAGAGCGACACAUCAGAGCACGCGCGCCGAAUGCACUACCAGGAGGUCGCGGAUCUGAAGCGAGGGAUCCAAGCGGUCGAAGAAGAUAUCCAAGACGCGCUCGUGGAACUGCGCUACGGAUUCAACUAAAAGAUAGUUUUUUGGAAAAUAGAAAAUCUACGACGUGUUUAGGUUGGUGUCACCAGUGGCGACAGAUUGUAUUAGUUGAAAUGGCUUGCGAGAAUCGUAAAGCUUAUAGCGCUGAACG